AUGGCCAGUGCGGACCCGAACAUUACAGAUGGGAUGCUACGCCGUACACGCCUUCGGCAGAUCGAAUUAGGCCGUGAAGCAAUCGUAACGACGCGAACCAUCCCAGAUGGUGAUCAUGUCGACUGUUCGUCUCGGAGCUUCCUUUCCCUCCCGGGUCCGUUGGGCAUCACCCCGGAUGGCCACGGAAUGAGCGACUACUCGGGAUGUGGGUUGGGAUGGACAGACGAGUGGAGGACGGAGUACUCCGUCGAUAGCAGCCAGCCAGCAACAGCUUCAGCACAAAACACGACAGGAAACCAGAAGAACUAA